AUGUAUAGAUUAUAUGAAAUUAUAAUUAAUAAAGUUCAAACAACUCUUAAAAUAUCAAAUAUUCUUUAAUUUUAUUGGAUUUCAGCAAGUUGCUUUGAAAGGGUCACCAUUUUGAACAACCCUGCCGUGUAAUUGGAUUCAAAGAAGCCCAUUAAACUUGGAUAAAUUUAAUUAUCCGUAUUAAUACAUAAUAAUGACUUUAAAAUUGCAAAUCUUUUUUUCAUCUCUAAUUAUAAAAUUUGUAAUUAUUUGCAAACCAUGCACUAAUUUUUACCCAACUAACUCAUCUUUGAUUCCUAUUCCCCAAUCAGUUACUGGAAUGCAUACUAAAAUCUACAAAACUCCUAUUACAACAAUUAUUAUGCUUAUCAAUAAAUGGCUUACUCACAACCUUUCCCAUGUUAUUAAUAGAAACUCCAAUAAAAUUUUGAAUAAGUACAUUAUUAGGAAGACCCAAUUUCCACUUAAGGCACCAGAAGAUCGAUUGUAGAAUAUUCGGAUGUGACACCCCAAAUCACGAAUGAAACUCUCGAACGAUACAUAAUGAUGAUUAUCAACGAGGACGAAUCUUUCCACAAUAUAAUAACAAAGCUAAAAAGUAGCAAUUAAAUUGCCUUAAUAAAAUUGCUUGAAAUGUUGGCUCAGAAACAGAAAUGCUAACAGAAAAGUCGAGAAGAACUCGUUAAGUUUUGCAUACGCAAAGCAUUGAAAUUUAUUUUCCAAAGGAUUUAGGAGAAAUACGAUAAGACAAAGACAAAUUUGAAAUCAGCACAGAAAAUAUUCAUGUCAAUGGUGGAGAAGGAAACCCAAACUACCAUAAUGCUCCCAUUUAGAAAGAAUAGCAAAAACAAAACAAUGAAUUCAGAUUUUUUAAAACAAAUUUUCUCAUCUUAAACUUUUGUUAAUUACUAUAAGGAAUUUCUAAGCUGCUUAGAACAAGAAAUACAAAAGGAUUCAAAAAAAAAAAUUGCCUCUCUCUGCAAUAAAAUUAUGAACCAUAUUCAUGAUGAAAAAAAGUUUGAAUUCGACGUGAAAAGAUUGCCUUGGUCUCAUUCUAACGUAGAGAAAGUCAAAUAGGCUGCUCAAGAAAUGUUACUUUAUUCGAAUUUUGAGAUUAAAUGA